AUGCUGUCCGCUCGCAUCCUCACCCGCGCUCCGCGCACGCAGCCGCGUAUCCUGCAACAAGCCCGCCGUCUGGCCACGGAGUCGGCCCCGAAACGCACCCAGAGCACGUUUGUCAAGGAACGUGAGGCAGUGAAGCAUCAUGCUGCUGAAUCCAGCGGUACUACAUAUCUCCUCCCUUGCCCCCCCGCGGGCGUUUUACUGUGGCAGCGGCUAAUUCUCCGGCAGAGCUUUGGAAGAAGCUUACUUAUUUGUAUGUUCCCUCGGCAAACCCGCACAUCGACGAAGGAUCGGGGAAAUGGAGGACUAAUAGGAUGGGGAAAUAGCAUCGCUAUCCCUUCUAUAAUUGUUGCGGGUGUUAAUGCGUAUGGCCUUUGGAAUAAGCAUUGGGAGCACUGGGCGCAUAUGCCACCGCUAGAGGAGAGGACCGAAUACCCGUAUCAGAACAUCAGGACUAAGAAUUACUUCUGGGGGGAUGGUGACAAGGUAUUUCUUCCUCCUAUCCUUCUCCUUUCUUGGAUGGUCGGUAUGGGUCGCUAACGUUUUCUAGACUCUUUUGUAGGCUCUCAUAUCGUUUCCGCGGUAGAUUUUGUGCGCUAAUGACUUGCAGCUGGAACGAAAAGGUUAAUUACCACAAGCAAGACGAAUAGGCGCCAGCUGUCGCAGUCCGUCCCUGUGGGAUAUGCGUAUGGCGCUGGAGAGGGAGGAGGGAGGUUUGGAUUUGUAGUUAUCACUCGAUGGGAAGGAUGUCUG